UCGGCGUCCUCCGUCUCCUGGCAUUCACGUCUCUCUCUCGGGGCUCCACCCCACCGCGGGAACCCCUCACUCGGAGAUGGCCGCACUGAUGCGGGGCAAGGAUUCAUCCCGAUGCUUACUCCUACUGGCCGCGGUGCUGAUGGUGGAGAGCUCACAGCUAGGCAGCUCGCGGGCCAAACUCAACUCCAUCAAGUCUUCUCUGGGAGGAGAGGCCCCUGCUCAGGCUGCCAAUCGAUCUGCGGGCAUGAACCAAGGUCUGGCUUUCGGCGGCAGUAAGAAGGGCAAAAGCCUGGGGCAGGCCUACCCUUGCAGUAGUGAUAAGGAAUGCGAAGUUGGACGAUACUGCCACAGUCCCCACCAAGGAUCAUCAGCCUGCAUGGUGUGUCGGAGGAAAAAGAAGCGAUGCCAUAGAGAUGGCAUGUGUUGCCCUGGUACCCGAUGCAAUAAUGGCAUCUGCAUCCCAGUCACUGAGAGCAUCCUGACCCCUCAUAUUCCAGCUCUGGAUGGCACUCGGCAUAGAGAUCGGAACCAUGGUCACUAUUCCAACCAUGACCUGGGAUGGCAGAAUCUAGGAAGGCCACACACUAAGAUGUCUCAUAUAAAAGGACACGAAGGAGACCCCUGUCUGCGAUCAUCAGACUGCAUUGAUGGAUUUUGCUGUGCUCGCCACUUCUGGACCAAAAUCUGCAAACCAGUACUCCAUCAGGGGGAAGUCUGCACCAAACAACGCAAGAAGGGUUCUCAUGGGCUGGAGAUUUUCCAGAGGUGUGACUGUGCAAAGGGCCUGUCCUGCAAAGUGUGGAAAGAUGCUACCUACUCCUCCAAAGCCAGACUCCACGUGUGCCAGAAGAUCUGACAAACACUGGGAGAGUUACCACUAGCAGACUGUGAAUUUGUGUAUUUAAUGCAUUAUGGCAUGAUGGAAAAUCCAGUUUGGAAUGCAGGAGGACAAGGGAUGUGGUAAGAAUUUGGAGCAUGAGAGAGAAGUG